AUGCAGAUAUUUGUAAAAACACUUACGGGUAAAUCGAUCACCCUAGACGUCGAACCAGAGGAUACAGUCUCGACCUUAAAAGAAAAGAUUCAACUUGCAGAAGGAAUACCUCCCGAUCAACAACGGUUAAUUUUUAGUGGUAAACAAUUAGAAGAUGGACGCACCCUUCAAGAUUAUAAUAUACAAAAAGAAUCUAAUAUACAUCUUGUAUUGCGUUUACGCGGUGGCAUGCAGAUAUUUGUAAAAACACUUACGGGUAAAUCGAUCACCCUAGACGUCGAACCAGAGGAUACAGUCUCGACCUUAAAAGAAAAGAUUCAACUUGCAGAAGGAAUACCUCCCGAUCAAACGGUUAAUUUUUAG